AUGGAAGAAAACUGCAAUGGAGCUUAUGAGCCUGUAUUCCUAAAUGUUAAAGCUUUGAACACAAAAACUGAUUUUGAUCAUAACAAUGCAAGUGUGUACCAAUAUGAGGUGCUUGGAGGCACCCAUAAUGUUUUAGCAACAAAAGCUCUGCAUGCAAAGUAUCCUGACAACGAAGCAUAUAGUGGAAGAUAUGCGUGGCUGUUUGUGGGACUCACCGAUGAACAAGCACUAUGGGUUGCCUCAAGACAUAACAAAACUGGGGCAUUCCGUCACGAAAUGUCUUUCCAAGAAGAGGUGACUACAUUUAAAAUGUGUAAUACCUUGUAGGUGGAUAUUGCAAUUAGCAUGGAAUGGCUAACUCCCCUUAUUUUUAUUAACAGUAAUAAACAUGUCAGAGACUAAUCUAACCAUCAGAAUAUAAAGUUCACUUGUCAUCAGACAAUGGCCACUGGGGUAUAUUAACAACAUAAAGAGACUGGUACUGUACAUCAAUUCGGCUUCAAAGAUGGCAGCCAAGUUAUUGUUCCAGUCUAAAUAGUAAAUAGAGUUCACUGGUGCAUACCGGUAGUUGUAUUCGGAAUGCACAAUAAGAACCAGGGUAUUAAUCACUUGCCCCAAGUUCUGGCGUGGCUACCUAUAGCAGAGACAAGUUAUAUUAUUAUUACUUACUUAAUUUGUUUUUGUGCACUUGUUUUCCAGGUUGAUUUGGCACAUCAGCAGCUUCAAAUUCAUGGUUCAAAAGCUAGUGGUGGUACCAUGUUACCAAGCGCAGCAUGGAGAGAUAGAUGUGCCCUUAUAUUAGGGAAGAAAGUGUUUAGUUUGUAAAAGAAAGUACAUGUGAUGUAAAUUAUUUAUAAAUACAAUCACUAUACCAUACAUACACUACAGUAUGUAUAUUGUUGAUGCCAGAGUACAACACUAAAUAUAACUAAGUGUUUGUCAACCUAAUUUUUUGUACAACACCCAUGUCUACACAGUAGGCCUGCAUGUAUAACUAAUUGCCUUUUAAUCACAUUUUUAUGGUAUUAUGCAAUUACUUUUGCAGAGAAAGGCAAUGACAGAGAUAUACAGUGUGGCAGCGUUGCCAGAGAAUGGUUACCAGCUUUUUAAGAGUAUAUGUAGUCAGUAUGAGAAAGGGAGGUUGAAAGAUCAACGGGCCCUUCCUAAAGAUCUGAGAGGAAAGCCUACUUUCAGACCUGCCUAUGUUAGAUGUCUUCAUGGUCUGGAUAAUGUCGACAGAAUUGAGCUGUUAAACAAGGUUAAUAUUAAUAGUAUACUAGGUGUUCUGGAAAGCAUUUGCAGUCGAACCCAGAGAUUUGUUUUUGGCAACUUUUUCAUCAAAAUGCAUGACAAAGUUGCCUCAGCGGACCAUAUAAACAACCCUUAAUAUAGUAUUGGUAUCUAUGCAGCAGUUGUUGACAUGGAUACAGUAUUUCAUUACAUAAUAAGGGAUGAACUGGUGAUUUGUAAUAUAAAGAGACAUUGUUUAUAAUAAUUACAAUUGUUUUCAAGUUUGCGAAGGGAGACAUUAGUCUUGAUGAGCUGAAAGUGUUGGCUAAAGAGCUUAAAGCAAUUAGACCUAUCCAAGGGAUAAUCUCUUCUUUCAUUGGAAAACCAUGGGAGAUUAUUGCAAAAGAACUUCCAGAGUGCACAAAAGCAGAACAGUUACUUCGUUUUGCUGUAAGUUGUACAAACCAUAGUACACUAGUGAUGAUAUUUCACGUUGCUCAAUUAUUGUACUAACUGAAUUAUAUAUGUUUACAAUUUUUUAGGCAUUGUUAAAGGGGUAAUUAAGUAAAGCAGUUUUCAUAUUUAUAAUACAAAUAUUUUAUACUUUCAGGGAAAAGAUGCUACACACUGUGUGUUUAAGAGUUAUCUCCAGGAACUCUUGAAGAAAUUGGAGGGCAGCAAUGACGAUGAUACAAUUUUGUCUCCAAACGUAUUUAAGACCGAAGAGAACCACCAAGGAAUCAUUGUCAGAUGCACCCAAGAUCGUUUGAAUGCUGAGCAAAAUGAAUGUUGUCAAAGAGACAGUCCUGGCUAUGCAAUGGCGCUUUAUGUUUUGGAAGAUAUCUAUGGAAAUGAUAUUGAGGUAAUAAACUUACUAAGUUUUCAUGUUUUGCUCCCUACUCUGGUUUAAAUAAAUUAUUACAAAGCCCAGUCGAAUUGUAAUCAAGACCCAACGUUUGGACACUCCAGUCUAGUGUCUUCAUCAAGGGUGAUCUAAAAUAGCAAUUGUGGCUUCUUGCGUGGGAAAACUCUCAAUAAUUACCACACACAUGACAAUCGCUAUCGUCAAAGACUGCCUAAAAAGCGUGGCAUAUAAAUAUGAGUAAUCAUGCUUUGAAUAGGGAUGGUGGAUACAUGAAACUGUUUUCAUGCUAUUGGUGCAUGGUUGGGAGACAAUUUAAGACGAUUUCAAAUAUUUCGAAGUUUUUUUUUACUUACUGAAUGAACUUUAUUUCUAAUGUUAUAGAAGUUGUCUAACCUUCUACAAAAGGUUGUAUGCCUUGUUGAAAGGACCAACUUUGGAGUCAGGCAUACCUACAACUUGGUCCUGAUUGGCGACGUGGAAACUGUUGUUCAGUGUAAAAACAUGUUCAACAAAAACCGAAGUAAAAAUGUCGAAAUGGGAUUUCUUUACUGUGAUAAUGUCAAACCAUCAG